AUGCAGUCGGGGUCCGUCCUUAAGAGCCCCGCGUCUAGAAUCCGAGCCUCGUUCCAAGUACUUGGGGUGAUGAGACCCAACCCUCAGGACCCUGCCGCCCGGGUGCUGGUCGAGAGCCUUCCAGCUGAAGCCGAAACAGUCAGCCAAAUGCGUGCUCUCGUCCGAAGGCAAUGGGGUCCGAAGACGAUCCGUGCGAUAGUUCAGAUGAAAGAGUACGACGAUGUUGGAAGCACGUGCCUGGACCCCUUCUGCACCCAGCGAGCUUUCCACCUCUCCGCUGGCGCUCUGACGUGCCUGACCUGUGGCUUCACGGACGGCGAUCAAGCCACACUUGGAACGCCGUGGACGUACACCGACCGACCUGAGGCUGGAAACGGAGUUUCGUCUGUUAUUGGUCAGGUCGCCAAGACCAGACCACUAGACUACAAGGCAAUCUCGUACACGUGGGCGGACGAGUCCGGCAACGCCGCCGCCAAGGACCGCGAAAUCUACCUCGGGGGUUUCACCCUGAAGAUGACGACAAACUGCGAGGCGGCACCGAAGCCGGUCCGCCUAGAGUUAAGAGUCAGGGUAGUCUGGAUCGAUGCCGUGUCCAUAAACUAG